AUGCGUCCGAAGAAAGCCACUCCAGCUUCUGCUCCCAAAAAAUCCGCCAGGGGAGCUGCAAGCAAGGCUGCCGCCAAACCUGCCCCUAAAGCCGCAUCCGAGUCUGCAUCCAAGACGGCGUCCAAACAAGCAUCGGCUAGCCGUGGACGCCCCAAGAAAAUGACUACGGACGACACCAAGGCUUCCACCAAGAAGGAUUCCGUGGAAACCUUGAAGAAAACCAAAUCCACCACCCCAAGCACUGCCUCGAAGAAGCGCAAGGCUGACGAGGCCGAGGACAAGCCUCGCGAGCAGAAGAAACCCCGAGUCAUUGCUCAACCCCGGGCACCUAAGGCUAAAGCUGCCAAGCCGAAGGUUGCGAUCAAUGAGGCCCCGAAGACUCGAUUGAAUGUGUAUGUCUGCGGUGAAGGAAGUUCCGGGGAACUUGGUCUCGGUACAGCGAAGAAUGUUAUCGAUGUCAAGCGGCCACGUCUUAAUCCACUCCUAGCAGCUGACAAGGUUGGAGUUGUCCAAGUGGCCGUUGGAGGCAUGCACUGUGUGGCUCUCACCCACGACAAUCAAAUUCUUACCUGGGGUGUCAAUGACCAGGGUGCCCUCGGGAGAGACACUGCAUGGGAUGGUGGCUACAAGGAUAUUGAUGACAACAAGAGCGACUCAGACUCCGAUGAUGAAGACAGUGGUCUCAACCCGCACGAAGCGACGCCUACUGCUAUCCCGGCAUCAUCCUUCCCAGAAGGGACCGUGUUCGUUCAAGUAGCUGCAGGAGAUAGCUCUAGUUUCGCUGUCACAGAUGAUGGGCAGGUCUAUGGCUGGGGAACCUUCCGCAGCAACGACGGAAUUCUCGGCUUUGACUCCAUUCAUCGAGUUCAAACCACCCCUCUCUUAAUUCCCGACCUAAAGAAGAUCAAAAGCAUCACAUGCGGUGCCAAUCAUGUGCUUGCACUGAAUGAGAAGGGAAGCGUUUUUUCCUGGGGAUCUGGCCAACAGAACCAGCUCGGCCGCCGAAUUGUUGAGCGUAACAAACUACACGGCUUACAGCCCCGCGAAUUUGGACUGCCAAAGAACAUCAUCCACGUUGGUAGCGGCUCAUACCACUCAUUCGCUAUUCACGAGUCCGGUAAAGUCUACGCCUGGGGCCUCAACAGCUUCGGUGCAACCGGCCUGCGCGAAGGUGCUGGUGAUGAUGCAGCUAUCGUUGUGCACCCGGUUCUUGUGAAGUCUCUAACCGGCCGCGGUAUCAUCCAGAUCGCCGGCGGCUCCCAUCACUCCAUUGCUCGGACUGUUGAUGGUCAAUGCUUGGUCUGGGGUCGCCUGGAUGGAUUCCAGAGUGGCUUGAAAGUUGAUACCUUGGCUGACGACGCGAUCAUCAAAGAUGAGCAUGGACGGCCGCGAAUUCUCAUUGAGCCCACCCCAGUCCCAGGCAUCAGUGCGCAAUUCGUCGCCGCUAAUUCUGACCACUCUCUCGUGAUCGAUGCAAAUGGGCGUGCUUGGUCUUGGGGCUUCUCUGCGACAUACCAGACAGGUCAGGGGACUCAGGACGAUAUCGAAGUGGCAACAAUGAUUGAUAACACCGCUACGCGUAACAAGAAGCUCAACUGGGCCGGCGCUGGCGGUCAAUUCUCUGUUUUCACUGACCCCGCCGACAUUUAA